GGGCAAAGGUCUGUGUAGUUACAAGGCUAAAAAAGAGAAGCAGCUAUUUACUUACUGGUUGCUUCCUAAUAGGAGAGGAGUGCAGAGGUUACAUAGGGAGGAUAUGCUUGAGAAUUAAAAGUCAACACAUUGCGAUCAGCCUACUAUCACCUCUACAAGACACUGUUUCGCCUCUACAAGACCACCUUCUUUAAACCAGCUCUAACUAUGCCUACAGAUUAACAGACGACAAUGGGUUUUUUAACUUUCAGAUUCAGUACUUGUAGUUUGCAGUUGAUGUUCUAUCUGUGUCUUGGGAGCCUAACAGCAGAUGUGAUACCAGGCACAGAGGCCACUCAGUCGACCACAACCAGAUCACGCAUUGAUACAAUUGUCACUGUCAGUCAACGGGAUACUACAUCAAUUACACAACCACACUCUACACAGGGGCCUUUUAAAAGCACUACAUCUUUAAUUAAUCCACCCACAGCUCCUAAAAAUGUUGAAGAUUUUAGAGCAAUCAAUCAAAAUGAAAGCAGCAUAACUCUCCAGUGGACAACGAUAGAAGGCAUUACUUUGUACACUUUGAAGUUUGCAAGAUCCGAGGCUAACUUCACUGAAGAGGGUCCGGAGACACAUGAAGUGACAUAUGUAGUACCAAAUCUAAACAGUGGCACAGAAUACAAUUUCACUUUGUACAGUGUGUUUGAAGGCUUAAAGAGUACCGGGGCCAAUCUGACUGCGAGUACUAAAUCUGGCAAUGUUGAAAAUGUCAAAGUUUUCGGUGAAACGGAAACUACUGUAACCAUAACAUUCGAUAAGAUUAAUGGAAGCGAUGGGUAUAAUUUGUCUUAUUCCAUCAAUGGGGUCAGCAAAUUGGAACACAUUCCAUCGGACGAUAACGAUACAGUUAAAUAUACUGUGAAAGACCUAAUGCCUGCUAAGACGUAUAACAUGACUCUAUACACUAUACUGGGGCCAGAUCUAAGCACUGGAGUUUCAUUUAAUGCAACCACAGCUCCUAAAAAUGUUGAAGAUUUUAGAGCAGUCAAUCAAAAUGAAAGCAGCAUAACUCUCCAGUGGACAACGACAGAAGGCAUUACUCUGUACACUUUGAAGUUUGAAGGAUCCGAGACUAACUUCACUGAAGAGGGUCCGGGGACGCAUGUAGUACCAAAUCUAAAUAGUAGCACUGAAUACGAUUUCACUCUAUACAGUGUGUUUGAAGACAUUAGGAGUACAGGGGCCAAUCUGACUGCAAGCACUGUUCCUUCCAAAGUGAACGGUUUUAAGGCAGUCUCAGAAAAUGAGAAGAAUAUAACUUUGCAGUGGAAUAAUGAAAACAAAAACAUCAAUUACAGUUUAUGGUUUAAUGAAGAAUACACGCACUUCACUGCAAAGGACUUUGGAGAAACAGCCAAUUACACCGUCCUAAACCUCAACGACACCACAAUAUACAACUUUACUCUCUUUACUGUUUUCCUAAACAAAUCAGGCGAUGGAGUGAGCAUCAGCGCCGCCACAAAGCCCCGUAAUCCAACUGGCUUCAAAGCAAGAAAUCAAACAAGCAGCACUAUAACUCUGCAGUGGGUCAAAGUGAAUGAUGUCCAGCAGUAUCAACUUGAGUAUGAAACAAUCGAACAUACAGACAACCAAACAAAGUCAGUAAACGCAUCCUCAGGAGAUAUAGUGGAGGUAGACAUUGAGAAUCUUAAAAAUGGCACUUUAUACAAGUUUACUCUGUAUACUAUAUUUGCCAACGUCCAAAGCCAUGGAAUUUCACAUGAAGCACCUACAGUUCCUCUUCAAGUGUCUUCAGUUGUCGUAGAUCGCAAGUUGACUAACAUAACUCUGAGCUGGAUGAGAAAGAAACAUGACUGGAACUACCUUGUAUACAUUGAUGGCAGUACUGACAAAAAAAAUAUAACAGAUGGAAACACUGUUACUUUUUAUGGUCUGAAACCUGGCACUGUCUAUUCAUAUUCAAUUCAAACUGAAUUUCAUGGAUUACAAAGUACAGCAUUUAAAGACGAGACAGUAACAGUUAUAGAUUGUUCCAAAGUUAACUGGCAGGUUACAGAGACGUCGAUCCAAGGCUCGGUUGAGGGGGCUUUCACAAAUGCAACUGCUUCCAAUGGCUCAGUGCAUCUCAACUCUGGCUCUAAUAAGGAAGUCAAUUUCACUGACCUUUACCCUGGCGCAAAUUAUAAUGUGACGCUGAUGUAUAAAGAUCUACUGCAGUGUAGCGAUAACCAAACUACCACGCCCCCUGAGUUGGCUGCAGUGUGUAAGGACUGGGACGCUGGUUACUCAAUCUAUGUUGAAUGGACGAUAACAUUUGGUAUCUGGGAUUCAGUGGAAGUCAGUGUCUCCAAUAAUGAGCAUAAAGUGAUAGAAAAUAUGGAGGUCUAUUAUGCUGUAAUACCAAAUGUUCAACCGGCCAGAAAAUAUGAAGUAACUGUAACUUCACUAUCUGGCCCAAGGAGAAGCAAACCUUGUUCUUUUACCUGCCAAACUGAUAGCAGAGGAGUCAUUGCAGGAGCUUUCUUUGGUGUAUUUAUUUUUCUCGUUCUGGUCUGCGUGGUUGCCUUUGUUAUGUUAAGAAGACCUGACAUAAUUAGAAAUAAAAAGAGGUCACUCAAUGGUCAAGCAAAGUCUUUGGUUAAAAAAAAGUAUAUACCUUUGGACAAGUUCCCUGCUCAAUUCAGCGAGUUAAGUGCGGAUGAAAAUAAAGGGUUCAGCUUAGAUUAUGAGGAACUUGCUAGUGUUGGCACAGAGCAGACCCAGAAUGCAGCAACAAUGCAGGAAAACAGACCAAAAAAUCGUUUCAUCAAUGUUCUGCCAUAUGACCGAAGCCGUGUAAAAUUGACUUCAUCCUCUCCCCAAAAUGACUACAUAAAUGCCAGCUACAUGCCUGGUUACAAUAGUGAUAGAGAAUUCAUCGCAGCCCAAGGUCCUCUGCCAAACACAGUCAAUGACUUCUGGAGAAUGAUCUGGGAGCAGAAAGUGACAGGCAUUGUCAUGGUGACCAAUUGCACUGAGGGAGGACGGAUUAAAUGUGAACAGUACUGGCCUGAAAGCAACCCUCGCCAUUGUGGAGAUUUGGAGGUUUUCACAACUUCUGAAAAGAAGCAGCUUGACUGGACACUAAGAGAAUUUAAAGUGAAACAAAGGCGCACCUCAGAGGAGCGGACAGUGAGGCAUUUCCACUUCACGGCCUGGCCGGAUCACGGAGUCCCACAGGGAACACAAGUCCUGAUCCAGUUCAGGGAGCUGGUUAGACAACACAUGCAGACAGAAGCUGCAGGGACACCCACAGUGGUCCACUGCAGUGCUGGAGUGGGGAGGACAGGUACUUUAAUAGCACUGGACAUGUUGCUGCAGCAGAUGGAAAAAGAAAAGGCAGUCGACAUUUACGGCUUUGUGUAUAAAAUGAGAUUAAACCGACCACACAUGGUACAAACAGAGUCACAGUAUGUGUUUCUACAUCAGUGCAUCCUGGACAGUCUGCUGCAGAAUGAGAAGCAUGAUGAAAAUAUCUAUGAGAACGAACUGAUCUACGCCAAUGCCACCGCACUCAGGGAGUUUGAGAACAACAAGAAUAAACCAUAAUCUUAUCUGUGAAG